CAGCUCAAAUGUAAAGUUCAAGUUUAAGAUUUUUCUUCACUUGAUUCAAUCGAAUAAUUGGAUAAGAUUUUUUUUGUUGUUGUAAAUUAUUCACAAUCAUUUUAGCCAUCUUGAUUGAUUGAUUGAUUGAUUUGAAUUGGAUGAAUUUUCGUUUAGAAUAAAAAAAAAAUUCACCCAAACAUACGUAGAUUAUGUACGGGCAAUGUUAUUCUCAAUUUCACAUUGGCCAUGGAUUGGAUGGAUGGAUGAACAAACCAAAAUCGAAUGAAUUGGAAAAAAAAACAUUUUCUCUGGUUGCAUGGUAUGUGCAUGUUGCCUAUGUGUUUUUUGCGAAACAAUAUCAUUUGUUAAAUUGAAUUUUUUUGUUUUGUUUCGUUCAACAAAUUAAUUGCCAAAAACAAAUGGUCAAAUUAUUGAAAACAAAUUGUUAUUUUUGAUUGAUUUUCGUUUGAAAAUUGCAUGGCUUCAAUUAUAAAUCGUUCAUUGACUAUUGUCUCUAAUGGUCUUUCGUCUUUUUCAUACAGCAACAACAACAACAAUAAUAACAUUAUGACUUUGGAUUUCAAUUCAACAGGUGAUGAUAAUCCAUUACGGAUUUUUGUUUCAGCUAAAAAAGAUAUUAAUGAUUUAUUUAUCAAGGCUGAAAAAUUUGUAAAAAAUGUUGAUCAAUUUUAUCGUUCAUAUGACGAAUCAAUGUUUGAGCAGAAUAAUAUAAAUUUUAUUGAAAAUUCUAUUGAAAAAAUAUCUGGUAUUCGUGAUGUACUUGCACGUAAUAACAUGAAGGUUGCCUUUUUUGGCCGUACUAGUAAUGGUAAAAGUACGGUUAUCAAUGCCAUACUACAGAAUAAAAUAUUGCCAGCUGGUAUUGGCCAUACUACUAAUUGUUUUCUACAAGUGGAAGGUACCGAUGAAACCGAACCAUAUAUUGUAUUGGAAGAUCAACGACAUAAUAUUGAAUCAGUUAAACAUUUAGCCAAUGCAUUGAAUACAGAAAGUUUAGGCGAUUCAACAUUGGUUAAAGUUUAUUGGCCUAAAUCAAAAUGUUCAAUAUUACAUGAUGAUGUUGUAUUGGUCGAUUCACCUGGUACAGAUGUAACGGCCAAUCUUGAUAAAUGGAUUGAUCUUUAUUGUUUGGAUGCUGAUGUUUUUGUGCUAGUUUCAAAUGCUGAAUCAACUUUAAUGCAAACGGAAAAGAAUUUCUUUAUCAAAGUAAAAGAAAAACUAUCAAAACCGAAUAUUUUCAUAUUGAAUAAUCGUUGGGAUGCUUCGGCUCAUGAAUUGGAUAGUUUGGAUCUGGUACGUAAACAACAUUUAAAACGUGAUAAAGAUUUUCUUGUAAAUGAUAUGGGUGUGUUGGAUGAAAAUAAUGCCCAGAAUCAUGUGUUUUUUGUAUCGGCUAUUGAAGUUUUACGUGCCCGAUUGGAAUUGGAAGAAGGAAAACAAAUCAAUAUCUCAAAUUAUGCACAUGGUUUUGAAUCUCGUUUCCGUGAAUUUAUAGAUUUUGAGAAAAAAUUCGAACAAUGUCUAUCAAAAUCGGCUGUACAAACAAAAUUCGGUCAACACACAUUGGAAGUGAUUAAAAUGACCGAUGAUUUUAAUCAAUUUUUAAUGGAAAUAUCUACGAAAACAAUUGAUGUACGAAAUGAAAAACGUAAUCAGAUCAAAAUAAUGAAAGAACGUGUUCAAAAAAUCAAACAACAAUUCCAGAUAUUCACCAAUGAAGUUAAAUUGCAGAUUUGUAAUCUAGUUAAACAGGUGGAACAAAAAGUAUCCACUGCAUUGAAUGAUGAGAUACGACGUCUAUCAACAUUAGUCAAUGAUUUUGAUCGGCCAUUCAAUACGGAUGAAAUUUCAUUGAAUUUAUAUAAAAAAGAACUUCAUACACAUGUUGAACAAGGUCUUGGUUCCAAUCUUAAAUCUCGAUUAUCAUCAGCAUUGUCUUGUAAUGUUGAAGCCACACAACGGCAAAUGAUCGAUGGUGUUAAAAGAUUCAUAUCAGAAAUGAAUUUUGAUCAACUUUUAUUGAAUCAAGUUUCAUCACAACAAGAUUUCAAAUUAAUCUAUCGAAUUAAUUGUGAAUCAUUAUGUUCAGAUUUUCAAGAAGAUCUUGAAUUUCGUUUUAGUUAUGGCUUUUUUCAAUUAGUACGUGUAUUGACCGGUGGCGGUGGUGGUGGUGGUAGCAGCAAUGGUAUGAAUGGAUCAAAAAAUGAAAUGGAUAAAAGCAAUUUAUCAUUAUCACAAAAACCAAGCAAUAGUUUAAGCCAUAAUCAAUCAUUAAUUCGUACAACUACCGAUCAUUUGGAUCUAUUGGAUAAAUUGGCUAGUUCACGUUCCACAAUAAUUGUAUUGGCCGUUGGUGGUAGUCUAAUUCGUGUCAUUGGUUGGCAUGUAAUUGCCAUAACCAGUGCUAUCUAUGUACUAUUGUAUGUUUAUGAAAGAUUUUCUUGGACCACUAGGGCCAAAGAAAAUGCAUUCAAAAAACAAUAUGUAGCUCAUGCAACGAAAAAAUUACGUCUAAUUAUCGAUUUGACCAGUGCUAAUUGUUCACAUCAAGUACAGCAAGAAUUAUCAUCAACAUUUGCCCGUUUAAAUCGAAUGGUGGAUCAAUUUGUUGAACAGAUGCAAAAAGAGAUACAAAAAUUGGAACAAGAAGUACAGCUAUUGAAUCAUCAGGAACAGAUGAUUGCUGUAUUGAAAAAUGAAGUUCGCACAUUGACAUCAGAAUUGCAGAAUUUUUCGGAAAAGUAUUUAUAAAAUAAAUCAGCAGAAAAUAGCACACAGUCAAACGACGACACCCACAUUUGAAACAUUCAUGUCAACAAAAUGAUCUAUGAUGAUGAUGAUGAU